GCCCAGCUCCCUUCUGCAACUUCCGUCUUUUAUUCGUCGCCAUUUUGGAUCGAGAGUUGGCUCACUAGAAAUAGGUAACGGUAGCUAGCAGCCUGGCCUGACCACAAGUGCAAUAAUUACUCAGAGCACAUGUAGUGGUCCUGCCUUUCAUCAGUGUGGGGGUUUCCAUGAGCUGUGCACCGCUCUGCCCUGCCUUUCAUUCCUCCAGCUAGCCACCAGCUACAGUAGAGCAGAUGUCAGAGCUAGCUAGCUAGCCUUGUUAGCUAGCUGUGGAGCUGAGCAUCAGCACCGGCUCUGAGGAGAGCGAACAUCACCAUCAGUCUGAACGUCCCGACCAGCCGGGCAGCGUCUUUGUUAGCAAUUCAUGAAGUGAGGAAACCGGUGCAGACUUAGUCCCCAGACGUACCACAGUUUGCCAGGAGAGAUGUAUCAACUUCCAGUGAAUAACCUGACAAGAAUUAGGAGAGCUAGGAAACAAGUGAAAAAAGCACUUGGAGACAUUGGGCUGGAGUACUGCAAGGAGGCAGCAGAGGAGUUCAAAGAGUUCUGUCCUGAUGAGCAAUUUGUAAAGGCUAGUCUUUGCCUUGAUAUCUGUGCAUGGGAUCCAUCUUACUCCAAAACGCAGGAAUACAGAUCAAAGCCAUUUUGCUGCACAGAGUGCUCCUUUUCUUCCAAAUACUACUCAGGCUACAAGAAUCACUUCCGCAAUGUACACAGGAAAAUCUUUGAGAGUAAAAUUCUGCUCAACUGUCCAUACUGCACGUUCACUGCAAGCAAGAGAAUUUUGGAGACGCAUGUUAAAAUAUUCCACAUACCCAGUUCAGCACGGCAGAAUUAUGGAAACUCACAGGGAGCUACACUGGGAAAGAAGGACAAAACAUUUCUUGAUAGGGUCAAACAGGGAGAUGGUGUCGAGAAACCAAUGUACUUUUGCAAAAAAUGCACAUUCCGGGACAGUCUCUACAAUGUUGUGAGAAGGCACAUCUACAGGGAACAUUUUCGUCAUAUUGUCUCCCCAUAUUUUGCUAUGGUUCCUGAAUCAUCCGUCAAAAACGGGGCUAGUCCUGUCAAUGGCAACAACAUCCUCUGCAAGCGCUGCCAGUUUUCCACUCGCAGCUAUGAGGCUCUAGUACAGCAUGUUGUAGAGUACCACGAGCGAAUUGGUGCUCAAGUGACCACCAUGAUUGGACAUGCUAACAUUAUUGUCUCCAGGGCUCAAUCCUUGCCAGUCGCUUCUCAGAAGGCCCCUCUGAUCAUAAGGGGCCAAACACAUAGAACUGACCCAACAGCUCAACCAGUUAUUGGCUAUUUAAAGCCAUCGGCCCCUGUUAAGAAUCAGUCCUCCAUCAAAGCCAGUCAGAUGCGUGCAACAGUUCCUAGCAAAAUCUCAGUGUCUGAAAGUAAUGCUGCCGGUGUAAACACGGCACAGACACAGAAGUGGAAGAUAUGUACAGUUUGCAAUGAGCUUUUCCCUGAAAACCUCUACAAUGCUCAUUUUGAGAGUGCACACAAGGCAAAGAGAGUGUGGGCACUGGCCAAGUACAUCAUGAAAAUCCACAACUUCACCAGCAAGUGUUUGCUUUGCAACCGCUAUCUGCCCAGCGACACGCUGCUUAACCACAUGCUAAUCCACGGUCUCACCUGUCCACAGUGCCACUCUGCUUUCCACAAUGUUGAAAAAAUCAUUGAGCAUGUUGCUCAGGCUCAUCCUGAGGACUUUGUUGGACCCCCUGGUGCAUCACCUUUAACCUUUGACCUCACCCUUAAACAAGAUAAGUCCUGUAACGUACAGCUUGUUGUGCUCACUUUUAACAUGAAAGAAUCUAUAAAUGGUAAAGAUCAAUCUGCCCUCGCUAAGAAUAGUGUUCCACCUCAGGUCAAACUCACUGCUCCCAGAAUCAUUGAAAAGAAAAGUGACCCAUUUGCUAGGAGUUUUUCCGCACUGCCGCACAAGAGUGAGGUCGGUAAGACUCUGUGUCCGCUGUGUUUCACUAUCCUCAAAGGUCCCAUCUCGGAUGCUUUGGCCAUGCAUCUGAGGGAGCGACACCAAGUUCUCCAAACAAUGCAUCCUGUUGAAAAAAAGAUGACAUACAAGUGCAUUCAUUGCCUGGGAGUGUACACCAGUAACAUGGUGGCCUCUACAAUCACGCUGCAUCUUGUGCAGUGCAGGGCCGUUGGUAGGAACCAGGCAGGCCAAGGCUUCAAGUCGGCCUUGACUCUGAACUCAUCGGGGGCUGGCUUCCUCAAGAGACAGCCACCGACGCAGGCCAUGUCCAACCCCAAGAAGAUGAAACUGAGCAAGGAGUCAAAGAUUUCUUCCACAACCGUUGGGAAUCACUCCGAAUCUGAUGGCCUCGCUCUGGAUCCUAGAAGCUAUGAGCACAAGACGUACGAGGCCAGGAAAAAUUUCCUGACGUCCUACUUCAACCGACGACCAUACCUCUCUCCUCAAGAAGAGGAGAAGCUGUCCGCGAGUCUGUGGCUCUGGAAAUCUGACAUUGCUAGUCACUUUGCAAACAAGCGAAGGAUGUGCGAGAGACAAUGCGAGACCAAGAAGCUGUCUGUGCUGCUCGGCUUUGACAUGUUCGCUCUAAAUAAAGUUAAGCAUGACUUGAUCUUUGUGGAGAGCAAGCUUGGUGGCACCUCCACAGGGAGAUCUGGAGGCCUCAAGUCUGGCACACCAAGCACAGACCAAAACAAGCAGUGCGAGACACUAAACUGUACCUUAAAACUCAGUACAUGCGCAGAGACCAUUUCCAUUGACUCAGACAGUGAACCAGAAAUGGAGGAUAGACCGACUGAGAAUGGAAAUGUUGAAACAGACAAAGACGAGAAUGUAAAAUCUGAGGAAGCAGCAAACCUGACAGAAGAGACAGAACCUUUGAACACGGACGAUACCUCAACAGAGAAGGAGAGCUCUUUGCAAGAUGGGAAAGCAAAUGCUUGGAUGACUUUCUGUUAGUGUCCCUGCUUAGCAGUGUGCCUGCUUAGCUGGAGUUGUAUAAAUCAAGACAAAGAAAAAGAAAAAAAACAGGUCUACGGUUACAAUUCACAAUUGUUCGGUCAAAUGGCAUGGGUGACUAAAACGCUUCAAUUCUAGAUGUUGACCUUGUUACCAGUGCUGGAAGGAAGGAAGAAAAAUAUACAUUAUAGUGCAUAAAUAUGGCAUAUGUAAGUGACACUGUAUAUAUUUUAGCCUUCUUUGUUAGUUUCUUCAUACAAUCUAUUAUUCACUUGUAAUUGUCACAAGAUUUUUGAAAUCAUUAUGCCAACUUCCCCACUUCCAUAUGUUUUUGUUUUUUUCUCUGACAAAGAACUGUAUCAUAUUGUCAUUUCACACUUAGAACGUGUAGGAUAUGCUAACCGCUUAUGUACAUGGUUAAGUAAAUAUGUUUGUUAAAUAAAACCUUUUA